GUUAUAGAUGUUACCUUUACGAUUUUAAUAAUUACUUUUUAAUAAAGUGUCUUUCGUUAUUAAGUAAAAAGUUAUAUUUUUAAUGUAGGUGUUGGAGGAGAGUAAUCAGUAUGCGGGGAACAAAUUUGAUGAUGAUGUGUUUGAUGUAAACGAUUAUAGUGAAGUUAAAGAGGUUAUUAUAUAGUUACAUUAAUAUUAAUAUUUUGUUUAUUUAGAUAUUAUUGGUUAUUAAAUUAUGUGUAUUUCGUUAUUAAGUAUAAAGUAUUAUCUUUAAUGUAGGAGUGGGAGGAGAGGAAUGACAAUGCAGGGAACAAAUUUGAUGAUGAUGUGCCGGAUGAAGACGAACUUAUAAUAAUGGGAAAUGUAGAUUAUUUUCAUGAUGAUGAUGAUGACAAAGAAGUUACACCCGAUAAACCUAGGAGUCGAAAACCAUCACAAUUUUUAUGCACUCCUUACACCGAGUUGCACACGACACCGAAACAAAAAAGAAGAACAAAAAAGAAGGUUGGUAUGAAAUCAACAAGCCCCGUUCCUCCUCCAGUUUUUGGUGUUGCUCAUGACUUCUCCAUGUUGCGCCUGCAACCUUACGUAGCAGGCGGUGAGGAUGUCAUCCAAAAUUAUGUAUUGCAUUCAUACGAUGUGCAGCAUCGUUUGUUUAAUUUCGUGUUAGAUAGAGAUUUUUGGAGCUCAUUGUUUGGGCAUACACACGACGGAUGGUUGGAGUCAGCGGUAAAUAAAUUGUUAAUUAAUUCUUUUAAAAGUUAAUUGUUUUUUAGUCAAUAACAAAAGUAUCAUGUGUGCAGCAUAUAACCAUUUGGUACCGACUUUUGAUGGAGAGACGGUUUGAGAGCGACCGACAUACAAUAAUGCCUCCAAAUUUUUUUGUUUCUCAUGCUUUGGAAGAAGGACAGGACUGGAGGGCGUUUAUGGCUGGUAUUGCUACAUACCCCAACUUCAUGGUUGCUUGGUGGGAUGUUGAUACGGUAAACUUAAUACUUUAUAUUGAAAAUAAUAUCGUUUUUUUGUUAUGUUUUUGUAUUGUGAUGUAAAUAAACAUAAAUUUAUUUUCUGAUCCUUAUACAGGUCUUAUUGCCGAUUCAUUCAUCCCCUAAUCAUUGGCUAUUUGGGGAACUACGAUUAGCGUCAAUGGAAGUGCAUAUUUAUGACAGUCUUGGUAGAGGUGCUUAUGAAAAAUUUCAAUCCGAAGGAAUCUUUUCCAAAUUUGAACGUUAGGUGGCAAAUUAUUUGGACAAGAUUAAGUAUUGGGCGCGGAGGAACAUCCCAAGGAUUCCAUUGAAUAUGCAAUUCAUUUAUGAAGAAAACGUUCCCCAACAAAGUAGUCAUUUGGGAGAUUGCGGUGUUUUUCUUUGUAUGUUUAUGGAGCAAUUGGUUUCAGGUCAACCAAUACGUGUUCUUAUUGACCCAAAGAACGCAGCUUUAGAGUUCCGUCUCCGGAUGGCAAAAAUUAUUUGGGGGUCUAGUCUUGCUCCUCUGUAGUUGGAUUAUAUAAAUGUAUAUACAAAUUAAUGUUGGAUUUCAUUAUUAGUUUAUCUUUAGAGUUUACUCAACGGAUGACAAAAAAUAUAACGUUACGACAAUUACAACAAUUUAAUGACCUACUAAUUACUUAUCAAUAAAUUCAACAUAAG